UUGUUAAUGGAUUUGUUCACAAGUCCAUUUCCAGAAAUUUCUGUUUUGAGACACUCUGCAAAAAUGGACCUUCAGUCAGCAGAGAACUAACCUUGGUAAUUUGGUCCCUCACAGCAUUGUUUUAGAAGGAGACCAGAAGCUCUGAUCUGUAGUAUUUUGUCUACAUAUCCUGGGAGGCGUUUCACCCUUUUCAAUUUUGGAUUACAAUUGCCUGUCUUUCAAAGGUACUCAUUUUUAUCGAAGUCCGAGUCUAUUGAAGUCGUCAGGCCUGGACUUGGGGAGAGUAAUGUGAGACGGCACUCCUAGGAGUGAGGCGGGAACCUGAAACCGUAACCAGACACGGGGGUGGGAUUAACGCCCCAAACUCCGCACCGGUUUCUAACUGAUUGGAAGGGAAGAAGUGGGUGGAAUCUUCUGACCCUGCCCCCGCGCCUCCGUAGCUAGGGACGCUUCGGCCAAGGCAACCGCGAUGGAUCAGGACGAAGCGUCGACCACCGUGGACAAUAUAGUCACGCAGUUCAACACCUACGAAGACUUCCUGGACUCGCAGAUCACGACCCUGGACUUGUACUACCUGGAGGAUGAAGGUCUGGCCCGCCAGUUGGUGGAGCUAGGCUACCGAGGUACUGGAGAGGUGGUGAGAAGAGAAGAUUUUGAAGCAAGGAAGGCAGCUAUAGAGAUUGCAAGGUUGGCUGAAAGAACUCAGAAAAAGACACUAACAAGUGCUGGUAAAGACCUACACGAUAAUUUUCUGAAGGCUCUGGCCGCGAGAGAAGAAGACAAUCGCAGUGGAAAAGUGAGCUCCGUGAUCUUUAUUCGUGACAGAAAUUCUCAUGGGCAGGAGGUGUCAGGAUACAUUGACUAUGCCCACAGGCUGAAGACUGAAGAUUUUGAAGUCUACUUUAGUGGGAAAAAACGACUUCUUCCAAGACCCACAGAUAUGAGUUUUUACAACUGGGACAGUCAUAUUGCUGUUUGGAAUUCAACUCCCAACUACCAAGUGAUUGCUGAUAAUCCAGAAGGCUUACUUUUCAAAUACAAAAGAGACAGAAAAAUUCUCAAUGUGGACCCUAAGGCUCAACCUGGUGACAACUCUACUAGAAGCCCGAUCCUAACAGAGCUCUACACACAAGUUGUCAUUUUUGACCACAUUUCCAGAAGAAAGACUUAACUACAAAUGUGGUAGAUAGUGCCCUCCCUAAUGGUUUGCUAAAUGUAAAUGACUCCUAUAAUCAAAAGCAAAUUAGAAUAAUAAGUGAGUCCAGUAGCUAUAAGGCAAAUCAGAAUAAUAAAAGUUGAUAAAGACAUUAGAGAG